ACCGGGCGGAGUAAUUCGUGCUGGUAUCUGCUCAGUGCAUGUGUGCGCGGGUACGUGCUACGGCUGGUGCUGCUGCUGCUGCUUGUCACUCAUUGUGCCGCGGCGCGAACACGGGUAGCGACAAGGACCAAAAAUCCAUCCUGUGGCAGUUGUUGUCUGUGGAGAGGCGGCUCGGUGUUCCACCCCCACUCAGAAGCAACAACGCGCGCGUGGAAAGUCCGGCUCUUCUGCGAGGAGGAUAUCUGUGACACAUGGCCAUGCUUCAAAUGAGGGACAUCAUCUGGGGACUGCUUUUCCUUGGCUGCACAGCUGCUAUUCAGGUGCAAAUCACUCCGGCGCAGGGGGAAAUCAGCGUUGGAGAGUCCAAAUUUUUCCUCUGCGAAGUGACCGGGGAGGUUAAAGACAUAGACUGGUACACUCCCAGCGGUGAGAAGAUCCUCCAUUCAAUGCAAGAUCUUUCUGUGAGCCGCAGCGAUGAGGUCACAUCAACUCUCACCAUAUACCACGCCAACGUGGACAGUGCUGGCAUAUACAAGUGUGUGGCCAGGGAUGGCGAGAAGGAAGCCCAGGCCACGGUCCAAGUGAAGAUAUUCCAAAAGAUCACCUUCCAGAGUGCACCCAGUCCGCAGGAGUUCACAGAGGGGGAUACUGCUGACAUAGUCUGCAAUGUUGUCAGCUCACCACCACCCACCAUCAUUUGGAAGCACAAAGGCUCCAAGAUCCAGGCUUCCAAAGACGUACGAUACAAGAUCAUGGCUAAUGGCCACCUGCAGAUACGUGGCAUCAAGAAGACGGAUGAGGGGAUGUACACUUGUGAGGCUCGUGUCAUGGCCAGGGGAGAAAUUGACUUCAAGACCAUGAAAGUCGUAGUCAACGUGCUUCCCACCAUCCGUGCCAGGCAGUUUGAGGUCAAUGCCACAGCUGACAUUGGCAACUCUGCUUUGUUGGCCUGUGACGCAGAUGGAUUUCCCGAUCCCAUCGUCACCUGGACACAUAACAAUGUUGUCCUUGAAGAGGGUGAUAAGUACAGCCUGAACGAGGAUGGUUCUGAAUUGAUUAUAAAGGAUGUCAUGAAGGUGGAUGAAGGCGACUACACCUGCAUCGCCAAGAACAAGGCCGGAGAGAAAUCACAAGAAGUCAGCCUGAACGUGUUUGUGCAACCAAAGAUCACCUACCUGAAUAAUAAAACUGCCAUUGAGUUUGAUGAAGAGGUCAUCCUGACCUGUGAGGCUUCAGGUGAUCCCACACCAACCAUCUCCUGGAGUUCUGAAAGUAAAAUCUUCACUGAAGGGGAGCAGGCUUCUUGGACACGACCAGACAAAUAUGAGAGUCUCGACAGGAACAUUGUGGUCUACAGCCAUGCACGAGUGUCCUCCCUCACCUUGAAAAACGUCCAGUUCACAUAUGCUGGGCAGUAUCUUUGCAUAGCCAGCAACUCCAUCGGUCAGGACAGCCAAUCUGUGUACCUGGAAGUUCGCUAUUCUCCGAAGAUCCAGGGCGUAGUGGCCUCGUACACCUGGGAAAAGAACCCGGCCAACCUCAGCUGUGAGGUGGACGCCCAUCCUGAAGCUUCUGUGGUUUGGUUCAAAGACGGCUCCCAUCUGCCGAGCCCCAACACCACCAACGUGAAGAUCUACAACAUGCCUACAGUCAGCUACCUAGAGAUUACACCUGAAUCUCAAAUUGACUUUGGAAACUACAACUGCACGGCGACCAAUGAUUUAGGAUCCGAAUCCAAGGAGUUCAUUCUUAUCCAAGCAGAUGUGCCAUCAGCGCCAGAAAUCCAGCAAGUAGAACCGUUUUCGAGCACAGCAAUGGUGGAGUUUGAGGAGCCGGACUCCACUGGGGGGGUACCAGUUCUCAAAUACAAAGUGGAAUGGCGUUUUCCUGGGGAGGAAUGGGCUCGUAAGGAGUACAGCAAGGAGGACGGCAAGACAAAGAUUCUUGUCACUGGCUUGAAACCAGAGACCACCUACGAGGUCAAGAUGUCCGCCAUCAACGGCAAAGGCGAAGGGGAGAGCAGUGCUGCCAGCUUUUUCAAGACCAAGCCAGUCCAGUAUUCCUUUACAAUUUCCUCAGAGACUCUGCCCUCUAUUGCUGCCACCAUUUUGCCCCUUAAAGGGGAGCCCAGUGCGCCAAAACUGGAGGCCAACGUCGCAGAUGAAGGCAAUUCUCUGAGGGUGACGUGGAUCAAGCAGGACGAUGGUGGUUUGCCCAUCAUCCAUUACUUGGUCAAGUACAAAGCUAAGCACGUGCCCGAGUGGAAACCAGAGAUCCGCGUUCCCUCGCUGAGUGAGCACACGACGCUGAACGGCCUGGCCUGGAACACAGAGUAUGAGGUCCACGUGGUGGCAGAGAACCAGCAGGGCCGAUCUGAACCUGGCAUCGUUUCCAUCAAAACAGCAGCACAGCCCACUGCCAUCCCAGGUAGUGCACAUGGUGGCUCCGGACUGGGAACUGGAGCCAUUGUGGGCAUCCUUAUUGUUGUGUUCUUCUUGCUGCUGGUGGGCGUGGAUGUCACCUGCUAUUUUCUGAACAAGUGUGGCCUCCUCAUGUGCAUCGCUGUCAACGUCUGCGGCAAGGCCGGCCCAGGCGCCAAAAGCAAGGACAUCGAAGAGGGGAAUGCGGCGUUCACAAAAGAUGAGUCCAAGGAGCCGAUUGUUGAGGUGAGAACGGAGGAGCACAGCCCAAACCAAGAAGUGAAGACUCCUUCAUCCGAGCCCAAUGAGACCACUCCACUAACGGAAGCAGAGCCUUCUGUGACCGAAACCACCCCCCUGGUGGUAAAAAUACUCCCCUCCACUGCUGCCAACUCAGUUAGCGAGAGUUUUAGCACGGCACAGAGUAGUCCUGCUAGUGAAAGCACCACCCUCACCAUCAGCACCUCCAGCCCCACCAAAGCGGCUCCCAGCACUGCCUCUCCCAAUAGCAGCUCCGCAGCGCCCCCUGGUUCUGGUAAAACUGACCCCCAACCUAAUGUCGGGCCCCUGGUCGACCUGAGUGACUCUCCCAAAGCUGACCCUCCUUCCAACCAAACACCUCCUGUGCUAGAGUCAGUCAGCCCCCCUUCUGACGGGGGUGACUCAGUGAAAGGCCGGGACACCGCCCAGAUUAAGGAUUCACGAGGUCCGACCAAGGACGCCCCCAAAGCCCCGUGUACAGACUCGCCUGCACCAGUCCAAAAUGAUGGUAAGAUUGUGAAGGAUGACAACGCUAAAAGCGAGACUGAGGUGAAGAAGGACACCGCCGAGGUGAAGACGGUUCCCAACGAGGCUCCUCAGGCAAACGGCAACGAAAGUAGAGCGUAAUGUCCUCUCCUGGAAGGCGGCGGGAAGAAGAGGGCGUUUGGGUUGGGCGGUUUGGGUGUCUGUUUAAAGGUUAAAAGAGGGGGUGGUCACAGUCACUGAAACCUCAAAGCAAUUUUACACACAUGCCCACAACAUCAUACAGAGGCCUGGACAUGACAUUACACAAAAUAAUGAUAAAUUUCCACCUUAAAUUUGUAUUUGGCUCAUACAAAUUAUUAUUUUGUGUACACAAUAUAGCAUUUUAUUAGCAUGUCGUGCAAACAAGUUAGCAUUUUCUGCACAGAAAAUUUGUAUUUUGUUCUAAGUUGUAGGGAGAAAACACUUAUGUGUACACAAAAAAAAUAGUAUUUUGUCCUCAAAUUUGACAUGCUCCUUUGAGCACACAAAAUGCUCAUUUGUGGUAACAAUUUAUUUUAUUUUUUUAAUUCAUGUCCAGAGCUCCUUAGCAUCAGAAAAACAAAUUACUGGAAAAAAAAAAAGUUGUGGAUUUCUUUCUUCAGUGUCUUCUGACCAGGAAAUGUCCUUCAAACUGGUUCUGGCCCCUUUAGUUUGUCAUUCUGUCAAAAAGAAUGGUUUCUCUAAAUUGAAAUGCUGUUAAAAAUGGACCAAAAUAUUUGAUUUUUCUCUUUACAUAGGCAUAGCUGGACUGUAGCUAUCCUCACACAUUUACUGCCUUCAUGAUGCACACAAAUGAACGACAAGUCUAUUACCAAUACUACUAUUCUUUAUGCAGUAUGGGCAUCAUUCUGGAUUAGGAUUUUUUUUCUUUCAUUUUGUGUGUUUAAAUGAUGUCUUCACUGCCUAUUUAGCUACUUUAAUGUCUUAUUUUGAAGUGGUGGAGAUGAGAUUUGCGUAGAUGACUUUUGCAGGAGGCCUCUGCCAUGUUUGUUUUAUAUUUUGCGAGCGUGCAUGUGUGUGGAAAUGUUUUCUCCACAGGAUCCCCCAAAAUCACUCUAACAUGCAAUUGACCGCGGAGUGACCAUAAACAGAAUUUUUGUCUCUAGUCUCAACAAAAAAUAAAAAAAAAUCUGUUUAUGCACUCUUGUCUAAAACAGUUUCCAAGCUUCCUUCCCAUAGCGCUCGUUUUUUGGUUCCUGGUAAGAGGAAAGUGUAAACACUUCAGGAAGUUUCGUUAAUGUGGAGAAAGCAAACAAACGGGGACCCAGAUUACAUUUGUCAGUCCAUUAAUUGUUUUUGUUUGUUCUCACAGAGGUUAAGGUCAGGGUUGGGGUAGAAGUGGGGGUUGAUUCUGGUAGGUUAACUUUUAUUAUUUUUUUAUUUUUUUCAUAACCACAUCUAUUUCCUGGCCACCCAUCCCAAAGAAGAAAAUCUGCCUUAUUUGGUUUGGACUGUCUUUAACCCUGAAUAUCAUGUGACCAAAAACAUCAGGUCAUGUAGGAAAAUAGUGCAAGACCAAUGAAAAAAAUCGUUGUUACAGGCUGUAACUAAUGGAAACCUGAUAGCUAAAGUUUUAUUUUGCCAGCAGUUUAAGUUAUCUAAGUUAUGUGGAGGAAAAAGAAUGAAAGGUUUGUGAUUUUUAGCCUCUUUUUAAGGUUAGUCCUGAGGGAGGACUCAUGAAGUCAGUGUACGAAGCCCUCCUUUAUCCUACAGGUUGACCUGAUUUGAGAAACCAAAAAUUUUUUGGAAACCAGAAUCCAUUUGGGAAAAUUUGAUUGAAAAAUGUGAGUGAAUUUGAAUUAAAAAAAACUUGGUAUUUUUGACAUUUUUUAAUCAUUUUUUGCUCUCCAUCUGUAGGGAUCCUUAUCUUUUAUUUAUUCACUCAUUCUUUCAAGCUUCUCCAUACUUUUUUCUUUUUCUUUUGAGCUGAAUUUUGUUCUGACUGGAGCAACGACAUUUUGCUCGGCAGUGCAUUUUUGAACGACAAUAAGAAAUAAAUCUGAAUCUCAGACUGUCCCUUCGGUCAACCUGUUUCUCAUCAGAUUCCUUUAUUUACAAAGAUGAGGUGCAAAAUUUUUAUUCUAACUCUUUAAGUAUUUGUUUUGUAAAAAGACGGUCUGAUCAAAAACUGAACCAAUCCUAGAGUUGUAAAGUUUGAGGAACUGAUAUUGUCUCAGUGCCUUUUUACCAGAAUAUUUGGCCUCUCUUGUGAAAUAAGCCGGUGGGUUUCAGAGAUUUAAAUGAAAGUCUCUUUUUACGCUUAAAGACUCCAAAUCCUCGAUAUGAUGCAGUCUGAGAGUAAAAACAAACAAAAUGGAAAUUCGUUUCGACCAUCUUUUUUUCUUCUUUUGUACAGUGUUUCUUCUACUUUAGACAGCAGGCUAGUACACUGUGAAGAGUGAAUCCACUGUGUCCUUAGAUGAGGAGGUAGUUGAGAAAAGUGGUAGCUGGUAGCAGUCCUUAAACGGGACGAGUCCAACAGCAGCAAACUGGUGCCUUGGAAUAAGAAAGUAGCGGGGUGCGUUCCAUUCCUCUAAAUCUGCUUUUAGCUGUGUCACAUUUUUCUGCCAAGAUUUCCUCUCACGACAUUCACAGCUGUAAAUUUAGCAAAGCUUUGUCUUAACGGUGGUGUUUUCUGAAUGACUAUCAAUGUACUCUUUGUGAAUUUUUUUUUUUUGUUUUGGUUCUUGAAUAUGAAGGUUUAGCCAUCACCUAUGUUGUGGUAAAUGUUGCACACACACAAAGGUUGAUUUUUGGAUAUUAAAAUACACUUUUCAAAUCACAGUUCAGUCAUGUGACAUUACAAACCACAUAGCAGCAUUUGAACAAGAGCUUUCUGGUUGCAACUCCUUCAAAGACGGUGACUCUUUGCUCAGGUCCCAAACAAAGUGUGGAUAUUUUUGCAAUGGGAAAUGUUCUGAAGGCUCUGUGAUUUUGUGAUCUAUCGACAAGGUGUUGUGUAACGUGUCCUGUUUCUCCGACUUUCUUUUCAAAAUAAAAUAAAUGGGAACUGUUCUAAGCACACAGACAUGUCUUUGCCUGAAAAAUGGUGUGGUAGCAAACCAACAUGUGGACGAUCCUUCAAAAAAAAAUUGGUCUGAAAUUGCCAUGUAUGUAUGUGUUUAGUUUCUUGAAGCUGAACAUUUAUUAUGCAUAUUUUAUGCCUGAAGGACGUCGGGUUCUGGCCCGAUGUUUCAUACAAAUGCAAGAACGACACAAAAAGCCUUUUUUUCUUUCUUUCCUACUCCAAUACUUGAUGUAGUCAUGAAAAAAACAUGUAGAGUCUUAGUUGUUUUUUGUUUUUUUUUAUUAGUUUGGCGGUGUUCAAAGCAGUGUGUAGCAUCCAUGCUUUUCAUUCUGAGUCACACAGGAGCCUUGAACCUCCACCACCAGCAGCUGGCCGCUGUCAUUGAUGCGCAGAUGGAAGCGACAGCUCCCGCCCUGCUGGUUGGAAACAUCUCUGUCCGCCUAUCUUCUUUGUCUCUGGUGUAAAUACUGAACACUAAUUGAGGAAAUAAACCCAUUUGGGCUCUGCCAGAAUUAUUUCUGUUCAAUAAAGUAAAAAAAAAAAAGAA